AUGAAGUUUGCCAAAGAGCUCGAGAGAGAUGCUGUUCCAGAAUGGCGCGUCAAGUAUCUCAACUACAAGGCGGGCAAGAAAUACGUCAAGGCCGUUGCCCGCGCCGUCAAUCGAGCCAACGGCACCACGCCAAAACUGCGCGGCAGUCGAGGAACAUCUAUAUUCGGACAGCUACCAAAUAGCAAUACCCAGCAGACCUUUCGAACGACCUUUAACGACCGUGAAUACCGUCAAUCUCUGACGUCAGGGCCUACCUCGUCAAGCCGCCCGCCUGCCUACACCUCGGGCACGCCAUACGAGGUGCGACCGUCGCCUGCCCGCGAUGUGCCUGUAAAGGACAAGAAAGGUGCCGAGGACGAUGCUUUGAACCGGACACCCGAUAAUACCAUGCAAUAUGGUAGUUUCGUCCCGACACCGCCCAACCCUAGUCCCCUGGCUCAACGGGGCACCAGCGGCGAGUUCGAGCUGCCGGCACCGGCUAUGCAUCCUGCGCCGCAUGCUGCCUCGCCAGACCUUGCUGUGCAGUCUCGCGAUUGGGCACAAAAGCCCCGGCCGACCGAAAGACGGAACUCUAGUACCAUUCUGCCGGUGACGCAGUCCAACGGCUCCCUUGCCUCGACCUGGGACAAGCGCAAAGCUCGCGGCAGCAUCGAACAGCAUCACCCUUCGCCGCUGCGACGCAUUUUUUCUUAUUCACCCACCAUGACACGAGAUGCUUCCAUUGCGACCCUCGGUCUGGAGCCGUUUGAUCUCGUCCGAGAGAGGGAGCAUGAUUUUUACGAGUUUAUGGACUCGGAGCUCGACAAGGUCGAGUCUUUCUAUAAGCUCAAGGAGGAGCAGGCCGGUAGAAGGCUAGUGCUGUUGCGGGAGCAACUACACGAAAUGCGCGACCGUCGAUUGCAAGAGUUGGUGCCCUCAUCGGCCAAUGCGUCGUCGCAAGAGCACACGGCGCUCCACGGCAACGACUCGGACAGCGGCACAGACCGUAACGGUAACCACAACGGCAACCACUGGAUGCCCUCCAUCAAGACCAAGCUCUUCCCGCCGGGUCCCAACUCCAAGGCGCUCCGCACCAUGCCCGACACGCCCUACAUGAGCGGCGGCGGCGGCCCCCGUAGCGAAGGGCACCGCGACUACAUCCGUCGGCCCGACGAGCAAGACGUCUCGUACCGCACCGCCAAGCGUAAGCUCAAGCUCGCGCUGCAGGAAUUCUACCGCGGCCUGGAGCUGCUCAAGUCGUACGCGCUGCUCAACCGCACCGCCUUUCGCAAGAUCAACAAAAAGUUUGACAAGGCCGUCAACGCCCGCCCGCCGCUGCGCUACGUCAACGAAAAGGUCAACAAGGCCCAAUUCGUCAACAGUGACGUGCUUGAAGGCCACAUCAAGGCUGUUGAGGACCUGUAUGCUCGCUACUUUGAGCGCGGCAACCACAAGCUCGCCGCCGGCAAGCUCCGGAGCCUCGUCAAGAAGUCGAGCGACGAGUCGGGUAGCUCCUUUCUCAACGGCUUCCUCAUCGGCACGGGCAUCGUCUUUUCCAUCCAAGGCCUCGUCUACGGCAUCCAGCUGCUAUUUGGCGACGACGCGCGGCUCAGACUGCACACGAGCUAUCUUAUGCAGAUUUACGCCGGCUACUUUCUCAUGCUACUCCUCUUUGCCCUCUUUUGCAUCAACUGCUACGUGUGGACAAAGUGCAAGGUCAACUACUCCUUCAUCUUUGAGCUCGACCCUCGCACCCGCAUCGACUGGCGCCGCAUGGCCGAGUUUCCCAGCUUCUUUCUGCUCAUCUUGGGCAUCGUCAUGUGGGCCAACUUUAGCCGCUACGGCAACGACAGCCUGUAUCUAUACUACCCCGUGUUGCUGAUUGGCUUUACAGCGCUCGUCAUCUUUAUGCCGCUGCCCGUCCUCGCGCACAAGAGCCGUCGGUGGUUUGGCUACUCGCACUGGCGCCUGCUCCUUGCGGGCAUCUACCCGGUCGAGUUUCGCGACUUUUUCCUCGGCGACAUGUACUGCUCCCUGACAUACUGUAUGGCCAAUGUCGAGCUGUUUUUUUGCCUCUAUACCAAUGAAUGGGACAACCCGUCGCAAUGCAACUCGAGUCACUCGCGUUGGCUUGGUUUUCUGACGACGGUGCCGGCACUCUGGCGUUUCUUCCAGUGUCUCCGUCGUUAUCAUGACACGCGCAACAUAUUUCCGCACCUUGUCAACGGUGGCAAAUAUUCCAUGACAAUCUUGUCCUAUGUGUUCCUGUCCAACUACCGCAUCCACCGCACAAACACCAACAUGGGACUAUUUAUAUUCUUCUCCGUCGUAAACAGUAUCUACUGCUCCAUCUGGGAUCUGUUUAUGGAUUUCUCUCUUCUCCAGUUCCACUCGCGCCACUUUUGGCUGCGCGACAUUCUGGCACUCAAGAAAAAGUGGCCAUACUACUUCAUUAUGAUAAUCGAUCCUAUCCUCCGCUUCAACUGGAUUCUGUUUGUGGUGCUGCCCAUGGAUGCCAACCACUCCACCAUCUUCUCCUUUGCCGUUGCCCUCCUCGAGGUGACGCGCCGCGGCAUGUGGGCGCUGUUCCGCGUCGAGAACGAGCACUGUGCCAACGUUGGCCAGUACAAGGCCUCUCGCGACGUGCCCCUGCCGUACCGCAUCGAGCCGCUGAUGGCACAGGCCACCAGCACAGAGCAGUCGCCCGUGAUACGUCCCGGUCACAAGCAGCAGCGGAGCGACGCCGAUGCGGAUGCGGAGCAGAAGCGGGCCGAAGCGGGCAGCACUUCCUCACCCGCCGAGGCAGGACCGUCGACCGGCACCGCGCCCCUCCAGCCCGCCGCAGCUGCCGACACGCAGACUUCUUGGCCUCAGCGCGUGACCUCGGCCCCGGCGGCAGACCCGCGCCCCACGAGCGGCUUCUCCACCGCUACGAGCGCCACGGCCGUCGCGAGCGGCUCCCAGAGCGGCGUCGGCGGCGGCCUGUUCCGGCGCCGCGCCGACUCGACGCGCACAUUCUCCCAGAUUCUCGCCGAUGCGCACACACAGGACUUUGAGAAGAAGCGCAAGAAGAAGAAGCCGACAGAUGGUCUGGAUGCCCAAAGCGCAGUCGCGGCUGUGGAGAGCGACGACGCCGACGAUGAUGAUGACAGCGAUGAUGAUUCGGGAGAUGAGCAGGUAGCGGUGCGGGAGAGCGUGCGGUUGAUGCGCCGAGGAGACGGCGGCGCGAUUAUGGAAGAGGAAGUAUGA